AUUGUGGGAUGUCAAAAUGGCGCUGAUGUUAGUUACGUAUUCGUGCACUUCUGUUAUCGAGUGAAAUCUCUGUUUUUCCUUUCAUCUUAAAUGCUAAAUCAUGGGUGUCUUAUCCUUCAUCAGAGGCACAAUAGUCUCCGGCCGCUGUUACCUGUUUUACACUAAAAUCCCCCCCAGCAGCGGCCUUGGUAUCCGCAGGAGGUACAGCGAGGACACGACCAGCUGUCCAGACCAGCCGGGCCAGUUGGUGUGUUACCCGCUGGCUCACCGGGCCCUGGUGAAGAUCCACGGGCAGGACACCGGGUCGUUUCUGCAGGGAAUCAUCACUAACGACAUGCGCGCUCUGGAAGAACCGGAGCGACCUGUCAUCUACUCCCACAUGUUAAACGUGCAGGGCAGGACACUGUACGACAUCAUGCUCUACAGUCUAAAAGAAGCAGAUGCUCUAUGUGGUGUUCUCCUCGAGUGUGACCGCACAAUCACAGACUCCAUCUUGAGACAUUUGAAGGUGUAUAAAAUCCGCCGUAAAGUCACCAUCCAGCCAUGUCCUGAACUGUCUGUUUGGGCUGUGUUACCUGGGCACAGUAAGCCAGAGCUCCUGAGCCCAGAGAAGGCUGUGGUGGUGGGAGCCGAUCCCAGAACAGAGCAGAUGGGCUGGAGGUUAGUGCUGGACAAUAUUCAAGAACCCGAGAACGUCAUUGCAUCAUGUCACAAAGGAGAUGUCCAGGAGUAUCACAAGCACAGAUAUACAAUAGGUCUACCAGAGGGAGUAGUGGAUCUUCCUCCUGGCACGGCUUUACCUCUAGAAUCUAACCUGGUCUUCAUGAACGGCAUCAGCUUUAGUAAAGGCUGCUACAUUGGACAAGAGCUCACUGCCAGGACGCAUCACACGGGGGUAGUUCGCAAAAGACUUAUGCCACUUCGACUGUCCCCUCCAUUUUCUGCCCAAAACCUGGAAGAAGGAGCCCCACUGCACACCCAAGGAGGGAAACCAGCUGGGAAGCACAGAUCUGGGCUAGGGGACUUAGGUUUAGGCCUGGUUCGGACAGCUCAUGCCAAAGAAGAGUUGGAGGUGAAAACAAGUGACGAUAAUGUAGUGACACUAAAGGUUUCAGUGCCGGAAGUGGUGGCCCGAUGACGCAAAGCUCAAAUGAAAAAAGUGUUUAAAUUUUCACAAAUUGACAGUUAUGUAAGUAUUCCAAGGUUUCUAUUGCAAGGUUUCAGAUGACACAACAACCUACUGGCCAAUGAUACUAAAUACAGAUAGGGGAAGUGCUAAAAUUCAUACUAAAAUGUAGAUUUCUGUUGUAAUACAGUUCAUUCUUGGGUCAAGUCAAAAAUGGAAAUCAGGUAUAACAUUUGUGAAUUACCAUUUGGAUACUUCACAGCAAAGUACAUUGUUAUCAAUAAGAAAGCGUCUCUUGCCCCCUCUGAGAUUUUAGACCUAUACAUAUAUACAUUUAGAAUCUGAAAACCAACAAUCAACACAAGCCUCAAGGAAAAUAUGUUACAUUUCAUUGUCAAACUGUGUGCAGUGUGUGUCUGAAAUAAAAAUCUGAAAAUAAAAUAUCUAAACAGUGCAAAGUAUGUUCUGGUAAAAGCUUGAGAGUGCGUUCAUGCAGUGACUUCUGUCCUGACUGGUCUUAGUUUAGUCCUGAUGUAGACUUGGUUUGGACUUGUUAUAGUGCUGGUCAAGUCCAGAUUUAGUUUUGGGUGUGGUGUAUGUAAAGAAAUAAGUGCCAUUAUCCAUCCCUACAUUGCUAUCAGUAUCAAUUAUUGGAAGAUACUUAAAAGUCAAAGUAUCAUAUCUAUAUUGGAACUAAAAAAGGAUGGAUCAGUGCAGCCCUACUUGUCAUGUUUAGUUUUUUAGUUUUGUUCUUUGUCCAGCACAAUCACAGUAUAGAGGAAUA